GAUCGAUGGAGUUGAGAACAUAACUAGCAACACGAUAACAGGUUUCAGCUGGCGUCUAGUGCUUAACCUGGGUUGUUAUUUCUUAUUAUAGGAAUCAGAACUCAAAACUACAGAAUGAUAGAUAAGUUGGAUUACGUUUCGACCCUGUCCCCGGAAAUUAUUGAAAAGGCAGAAAAAGAACUGGGAGAAGAUGAGCAUCGACGAACUGAAAGUAUUUUGGCUCUUCGCGAAUGGGCCAAGAAGCAACCUCAUUUACAUGCAAUGCCCUUGGACGCAAAUUUUCUGCUGAGAUAUUUACGCGGAUGCAAGUACAGCAUGGAGAAAGCGAAAAAGAAGUUGGACUUGACAAUGACCUUGCGCACGGCUCUUCCGGAAUUCUUUGACGAAUGGGACCCGCUAUCACCUGAAAAUCAAGCCGCUCUUAACUUGGGGGGAACUCUUCCUCUACCUGGACAUGAUUUUCUCGGUCGUAAAGUGAUAUUGGCCCGCCCCGGCUGCACUGAUCCAUACAAAUUUAAGUUCGAGCAAGUCCACAAAGCAAAUUUCAUGAUCUCGGAGGUGAUGUGUGACGAGGAUGAACAGCUGUUUAUUACUGGUAUGGCCGUACUGAUCGAUUUGGAAGGCUUCACCUUGAGUCACAUCACUGCGACUCCGCUUGCCAUGAUGAAAAAAUUGGGGCCUUGCUUUCAGGAUGCUGCACCCAUCCGCCCUAAAACUAUGAACUACAUCCAUUCUCCGUCCGUCUUCAACAUGUUCAACAAUCUUGUGCAAAGCUUCAUGAAAGACAAAAUGAAACAGAGAGUGCAUAUGCAUGGAGAUGACAUGGAAUCGCUCUACAAGGAAAUACCCAAAGAAAUUCUGCCCAAAGACUAUGGAGGUGAUAACAUGUCUAUUGCUGAGCUCACUGCUUAUUGGAAAAAGAAAUGUGAAGAUCGUCGAGAUUUUCUCAUUGCUAAUUCCAAAAUGAGGUCGGAUGAAUCUAAACGUCCCGGUAAACCCAAAACGUCCGACGAACUUUUUGGAAUUGAAGGAUCUUUCCGGAAACUUAACGUCGAUUGAAAAUGACACUUCCACCCCUCUUUGACUUCGACUUGAAAUAAAUCGAUUUUUCUUCUUCAAAUA